AUGUCCGAGUCGCACGUCGGCCAUCACAGGCGGGCAACAACCACGGCAGAAUCGUUCAUCGACCACAAGCCGUUCCUCUCGGAUCGCUUUGCCGUGAACGACUAUGCCAACGCCGUGCUUCAGGGUCGAGCAUACCGCCCCGAUGAAGAGGACGGCGGUGCCGAAUCGUCAAGCCGGCAAAAGGAGAAGGGCGACCUGAGCGUCGAGGUUGCGCGUCUCAACUAUGGCAUCGAAGACGUGACUCGCCAGCUGCGCAGCGAGAUUACCCAGUCGUACCCGCUCCUCCUGUCCCACCUCACCACCUCGCUGGCGCUCAGCUCGCACCUUGCGCCCAUCCGCAGCUCGCUCACCUCGCUCUCGUCGUCGAUAGACAGGCUGCACACCAAGAUCCACGCACCGCACGCCCAGCUCGCGCUCCUGGUCCGCCGCCUCGCGCUGCUGGCGCUGGCAUCAGACCUGUCGCGCCGCGCUGCGCGGUUCGUGCUCGUCGCUCGGCGCCUGGAAACGCAGAUGGAGCGCGUGCGCGACGGCGCAGCUGGGGAGGGCGGCAGUAUCGGCGAUGGCGAAAAGGAGCGCGAGCUGGCGAAAGCGGCACUGAGCGUGGCCGAGCUGGACACAUUGUUGGCGACACCCGGCGAGGACGACCUCGAGGGCAGUGCCGCCAAUGGGGGGGAGGAAGAGGAAAACUCGACGCGGCCGCUGCCCCUCCAGUCCCUCGACUUUGUCCGCGCCGUGGUCCCCAUUGUGGACAAGGCGCGCGACUCUAUCAUCACGGAAAUGGAGGCCAUGGUCGUCUCGGGCCUCGGAAGCCUCAACCAGCCCCUCCUCUCCUCGUCGCUCCAGACAGCACACAACCUCGGUCUCCUGCCGGACCUCGUGUCCAACCUCGUCGCGGACCUGAACGACGCCGUCACCCUGCGCGUGCAGCGCGCGUUCGACUCGGCGGCCAUUGGUCGCGAAGUCGCGGGAAAGGACACGUCCCAUGCCGUCAAGUUUACAACCCGCUCGCGCACCCAGACCGAGCCGUCCAGCGCCAACUUGUCGCAGUGGAUCGCCGUUCUGUGGGCCCGCCUCGAACGCGUCGUCGAGGACGUGGCCAACUGCUGCAUCAAGGUGUACACGCUCGAAAAGGUGCUCAAGGCCAAGCGCGACGCCGUCACCCAGGUCGAGUUUCUGGAAGAAGUCAUGCGGACGCUUGACGAAAAGCCUAGCUUUACAUUCUGGACAACGCUGGCAAAGGCGUUUGAGGCACAGACCAAGGAGGCUGCCAAGACGAGCGGGUGGCUCCAGCAGGCUCUCUCCACAGGCUACCCUCGUCUCUUGCGUCUGUUCCACGAUUUCUUCGCCAAGAUUGCAGUCCACACCGACACCGUCUACACACAGGAGCACCAGAGCCCCGAGGCCGUGCUUGUGCUGCGCUCGGUGUCGACGUUUGAAACCCUCUACCUCACCCGCUCGACCGCUCGUAUGUCCGACGCCGUCACCUCUGCCAUGAGCCUGUACAUGGCCGCACGACAGACCGCUCCCGGCGCAGGCGAGGGUGUCAACAUCGCCCGUACCAUCACCAACGAGCUUGACUCGGCACGCUUCGACCCUCUCUUGGUCCGAACAGUGGCGCGCAAUGCCGUAAAGGUGCUCAACACGCUCAGGACCAAAGUCGACGCCGCGCUCGUGCGCGAUUUCACAGCCACCUCGCUCAUCGGGCCGCAGGCGACCCCGGCAGAGGUCAUCAAUGCCCAGCUAGUCUCGUGCCUGUACCACUGUGCGCUCAACCUGUCCCAGGUCGAGGCACAGUUUGGAUCGAAGGUAUCGGCCAUCCUCCACCCAUCAGUGUCCGCGCUCGAGGCGACGUACAAGAAGAUCACCGACGCGCUCGACACGGCCAUCAAACGUGAAUUCUCCACCAUCCUCGCACGCAUCCACCGCGUCGACUUUAGCAAGCCCGUCGACCCCAUGGCAAUGGGCAGCGGCGGCAGCCCGUACAUGCAGGACCUGGCGGACAAGCUUGUGUUUUUGAGGCAGGAAAUCCUCGGCCGUCUAUCCCUGGGCGAGUUUAUGCGCCAGUGGGUGCUGCGCCUGUCCAAGUUCCUCAUCCACACGUUCCUGUUGCACGCCUCCAUCGCGCGACCCAUGGGCGAGAGCGGCCGCCUAAAGCUCACGGGCAACAUGACCGAGUUUGAAAUGUCCCUCCAAAACUUCCUCAACACUGGCCGCGUCCAGGGCUCCAAGCAGAGCCUCAAGGUGUCGCAGAUCGGCGACGAGUACCUGGCCCUGCGUUCGUUCCGCCAGCUCCUCUUCGCCGACCGCGCAGGCAUCGUCAACCCCGUGGAGACGGUCCACCUCCCGCCCCUCGUGGUCCUCCACCACGUCAUCGUCCGCUCGCCUCUGCGCCUUCCACACGAAGUACACGGGUGGAGCGAGCACGAGUACGUGCUGUGGGUGGACAAGCACACCGAGGAAGACGCGUGGGAUCUGCUCGAAAAGGGCGUGGACGGACAAGUGGAGAGUGCAGGUGCCGGGAAGACAAAGACGGCAGCAGACGGAGACGAGGAUGCCGAGGCGGUCGGCACCGUCAAGGAGGUGCUGGAGCAUGCGCGGCAUCACCACGAGCAGGACAGGGAGGCGCAUUAG